UUCUGAAGGCCGGAGAAACGCACAAACACACCAUUUGCGACAUAUCUGUCGUGCAAGAUGCGGAUCUUGCACAAGUCAAAGCGUGUGGUAGCUCCGCUGCCCCAGGUCGCGGAGCUCAUCGACAGACUCAUAAACACCCCAAAUGAUGACCUGCAUGAGGUCCUCUCCCAGAUCGACUCGUGGAAGUGGCCCCGAUCAGAUCUGAACGCAUGGAUGAAGGUAUUGAACAAGUUCGACGCGAUUCUUGAGGAGGCGAUUCGCGACUAUGACAUUGACAACCUCCAAGUCAACGUGUUUACUCCUCUCACCAAGAAAACCGUUUGCGAGAUCCUUCGUUUCGAGCGUCUUCUCCUGGAGAACUCGACUAACAGGAAGACCUUCAAUUCAUACGAUCGCCUGAACAGUCUGAUGUUUUCAUCGGACUUGGACGUAUUGAUUCUCGCACUCAACCUUCUACUGCGCCCUGCACAGCAAUAUUCUUCGCAACCCGCCGUAUCACACGCCCUAAGUAUCUCUACCCCCCGUCUUACGUCCCUCGCCAAACGCUGGCCCAAUCUCAGGGACUAUGACCUGAAUCUCGUGGAUCUGGUAACGAAUAAAGGACGAGCACAGGUGGAAGCUCUCCCGACGGAGGCACGGGAGGUGAACUUCGUGUUCUACCGCCAAGCCUCGUCGUCGAGCACGGCCGGAAAGGAGGAAAAGAAGGAGAGCAUAGUCGAAGGUGAUGUAAGCAGCUCAGCAGCGGUGCAGACUCCCCGCAAGCCUACCUCGUCCGCGGCUGCGACCUCCGCGAAUGCGUCGACAUCCUCUGGCGCGGUGACGAUCCACAUCGACAGCAAGACGAUCGAGAGCAAGCCCGCGAUGGACAUCCUUGCGGAUGCGAUUGAGGCGUACCACGUACCUGACAGCGAGAAAUUUGAGCUUCUGAUGCGCAUCCGCGGCGCACAAGCCAUGACGCACGCGUGGGCAGCGGACAGGGAGAAGCUCGUUGUCGUCCGUCUGCUUGCGACGGCCAUCUUCGGGCAUACGCACUCGGACUCGCAGGCGCAAUCGUCGUUGUUCUUGUACGAGCCUGACCUAAUCACGCACAUUGCAGAACUACUGCAGCUCGACCGCGGAGUGGACAUCCAGGUCCAGACGGCUGCCGUCGCUGCUCUCGAUGCUAUGUCUCGAUACAGAUCGAAGAUCCAGGACGUCCUCACUGCUGUGAAUGCCGGCGUGAAUCAUGGGAUACUCAUGGCGCUUCUUCGCAAGACUGUUGCCGACGUUGCACAGUCCACUUCCACUCUGCCCCAAGCAUUUGUGGAGGCUCUAUUCUCGUUUAUCACAUUCCUUGCUACGCACGCAUCUGGCGGGAGUAUGAUCGUGGGCGCGGGCUUGAUCCCCGUCCUGAUCCAGGCUAUUGAAAACCGACUACCCAACCGUCUGUAUGUCGUUUCGAAGACUAUGCAGUUGCUCGACAACGUCCUGUACGGCUACACAAACGCGUUCACGCUCUUUUGCAACGCGCGCGGUGUUGACAUUCUCGUUGACCGUAUUGAGUAUGAGGUCGAUCUUGACAUCGAGGAAUGUGCGAAUGACGGUGCGCCGAACGACGCCGUCGCGCCAUACGGCAAGCUCUCGGUCGCUCGGACGGCUGUGCUGAAGCACACACUACGUUCUAUCCAUCGCAUGAUGCAAUCAUCGGGUACUGCGGAGGGUCUUCGUGGCUUGCUCGACUCAUCGCUUCUCAAAUCCGUGAAGAAGAUCAUGCAACAUCGCGCUAUCUUCGGUCCCAGUGCCCUCGCUCUCGCUAUAAACAUUAUGGCCAUCUUCGUACACAACGAGCCCACCUGUCUGCCUGUCAUUCAAGAGGCAGGCCUCCCCGAGGUGUUCUACAGUGUCAUCGAGAAGGGUCUCGAGCCCGUGAUCGAAGUCAUCCAGUCCGUGCCGAAUGCGCUCGGAGCCCUGUGCCUCAAUCAGGCCGGCCAGGACCAGCUCACCGCGCGCCCGAACACGAUCCCCAGCUUGUUCUCGAUCUUCACGUCUGAGGACCACCAGCGCGUCUUGCAGGAGAAGGAGAACGCGGUCCUUAUUGGGACAUCGGUAGAGGAGCUCAUCCGACACCAUCCCACGCUAAAGGAAAAAGUGUUCGUUGCGAUCAAGAGCACGAUGGCGCGCAUUGAGGAGCUCGGGACGAGCUAUUCGGUUCCUGAUGAUAUCAAGCACUGGUACAGACUUCAGCCGCAGAACCCUGCUCCUGCUCCUGCAGGUGCCGAAAGCACAGGUGAGAAUGUGGCCAUGGAAGUUGACCAUUCGACUCCUGCUACAGAACAAGCUACGCUGCCUGCUAGUUUACCGCCAUCGGGGGAGCAGCCAAGCCAUAGGGACGACUUCUGGGGCCGGUCGCACGACAAUCUCAUCAUUUCCUAUAUCGACGUCUUCGGAAAGUUCCUGGAGGGCUUCUUCCAGCAUGUCCCCCACUGCCGCGACUUCGUUGCUGACACGGACGGUCUCAACGGUCUUGCAAAGCUGACCACCCUACCUUGCCUUCCGUAUGAUUUCGCGAACAGCGUUGCGUCAGAUUCAUUCGUCCAAGUCGUUCGCACCAUGGCUGAGGCCGCGACGAACGAGACCCUCGCGUUUCUCGUUAGACUGGUGCAGGAGUCGCUAGCGGAAUGCAAGGACUUCUGGGGGUCGCUGGACGAGCAGCCAAAGUUGCUGGGUCUCGUUGAAUUCAGUGCUGGCGCGGAGGAAGAAAAGGCGAAUACUCAGUUCCGCAACCUGAUUACGCUCCACACCCGCGUCUCCCUCCUUUCGGACAUCUACGCUACUGCGGGGUACUCGCACGGUCGCGCAACCCAGACACUGCUCCAGUCCCUGCUUGGGAAGACGCCUAACCCCCUCCAGGAGCUCGGAGCGCUGCACCGCGCGUGUGUAUGGGAGAACAUCAUCUUGAAGUCCAUCCUCUCGGCGCAAGGCAUCGACGCCUCGCCUCAACAUGACUUGCUUGCGCUCUUCGGGUCUGCAAGCACGCCUACCCAGGGUGUAUUGUCAUCGACACUCUCUGCGACUACGACUGCGACUGCAAACACGUCGUCGACUAGCGCGGCCAACGGGGCAUCCGCAUCCGCGUCGACUGCUGCUGCGAAUGGAGCGACGCCCACGAACGCGACGAAUGCGAACGGGGCGACGCCGGCCGAGCCAUCAGCGUCGACGAGCACCCCUUCGGCCAAUGCGAAGAAGGAGGAGCAGCCUAGGGACAAGAACGCAAAGGGCGUAAAGCACCUCGUGGGUCAGAUUCCAAGCGCGUUGGCGCCGUUUUUCCAAUCGAUCGUGAGGUUGUUCCAGACGCGUCGAGGUAGCGACUUGGCGCAGAAGCAAAAGAUCAAGGAGGCGGCUGGCAUCAUUGCAGAUGUACUUGUGAAGCACCUCGAGCAGAAGUCUUUCAGCGACAAGCUCUCUCUCUUCUCGUACUACACUUCAAUGUUGAAUGCCGCGACGAUUCUCCUCGUGGAUGAGAAACCAUCCCAGAAGAGUCUUCAUACAAUGUUGCUAGUCGCGUUUGUCCGUGUGGGUGGGCUCGAUGCUCUUUUCGGCCUAUGUCGCGAAUUCAUCAACACCAUCGAGAUGGUUAGCAAGGUCAAAGUCGACGAGCGAACCGAAGUGACCAAGCAGGAGCUCUCUCACGCCUUCAGUGGUCUGAAAGUCGCUCUUCAGCUCAUUCAACCCACCAUCUCCGCGAAACCUCUCUUCGACGCCACCCAGACCGCACUCGCGCUUACCGUGGAUAAGAAAGACACCGACGCCGACUAUUUCGAGCCGCAUAAUUUCUUGGUGCGAAUGCGUGCCGCUGCUCUACCUGUCGUUCGCUCAAUCUGGGAGGCGGAGUGGCUUCCAUCUGCGCCAAUCAGCGUCAGCAAGCUUGUCGUGCACAUCGUCAUGGAGCUCCUGAAUGCCGAGAACGAGGAGGUGAAGGACGUGCAGACCUCCGCUUCGAUCAUUGGCGGCGGUCCCAUCGGCAUGCCCCGCAUACCCCCGAUGCAAAGUCCGGACGAGAACCGUAUUCGCCAGCUGACCGACAUGGGCUUCCCGCGUUCUGCCGCGGAGCGGGCUUUGACACGCACGCGAAACAACGUCAACGCGGCGACGGAGCUGCUACUCUCGCAUCCAUACCCUUUCCCUCCUGAUCCUGAUCCUGCCCCAGAGCCUGCGCCUGCGGCUGCCGAGGGCGAGGCUGUGGCCGUCCCUGCUGGCGAUCAGGAUCAGAUCCAGGCCGACACUCCCGAUGCUGCACCGGCCGAGGCAGGCGAUGCACCAGCUGAGGCUCCUGCUUCAGAAGACAAUGUAGAGUCUGGAGACGCUGCCGAGACCGCACAAGGAGAUGCCACAGAAGAGACGAUGGAGGAAACAUCGUCGACUGCAUCGGACUCCGAGGCUCCAGCCGCACCUGCUCCUGAGGAAGUCUCCGCACCUCCGGGCAAGACUUCGGAAGAGUGGGUUAUGGAAUUGACCACCGCUAGGGAGCCUCUCAAGGAAGGCAUUGGUCGCCGGGUACUGAGUCUGGUUGAUGAGCACCCUUCGCUCGUCUUCGAUGUGCAAAAAGUGUUUAUCGGGCCGACGAGCGAAUACCGCACCCAAGCGGUCAAGGCUCUCAUCGACGACAUCCAAGCUUUCUUGCCGUCAGCGUACGACGUGCAGGAGCAGCCCCUUUCUGUCCGUUGUCACCUUCUCGCCUUGGUGCUCGGUGAACCAUCGUCUCCCGCUGCCCAGAUGCCAGAGAAGGAGGCGGAAACCCUCCUCAACGUUCUUCUUUCGCUGCUUUUGUCUAACCCCGGCGAGGGCGGACAGCCUACGCUACCGAAGUGGCUUUCUGCCCAGUUGUUGGUCAUCGAGUCUCUCCUUGUUCUCGGGGAUUCUCCUCGUUCGGUGACACUGCCGAAGGAGAACGAGCCAAUCAACAGAGAGCCGAUCGCUCAGGGCCCUCGCUACGCGGAAGCUCGAAACACCCUCUUCGACUUCUCCAUGCGUCUACUCGGUGUUCCGACACUCCCCAAGGAUGAGUUGAUCUCGGUCCUCAGACUGAUUGUACUCUUGACUCGAGAUCAUAACAUCGCGGAGGCCUUCAUGGAACGUAACGGCGUGGCGGCACUAUUCCAGUACCUCCGCAUCUCGUCUGGCACUCAGAGCGGGACCGGCAUCCAGUCGUACAUCGCGCUCAUCGUCCGGCAUAUCGUCGAAAAUCAGAUUACUCUCCAACACGUAAUGCGCCAGGAAGUUAAGCGUUACUUUUCUCAUCCUCGUAGCCGCAAUGUCGACAUUGGCUCCUUCGUCUCGGGAUGUAGCUCCACUGCUCUUCGCGAUCCUGAGGCGUUCGUCAAGGUUGCUGAGGAGAUGUGUACGCUGUCGCAACCAUUUUCGCCGAUGAAGACUGUCAGCCUGAAGCCGGAGGUGGAGCCGAACGCUACAUCCCAGCAUGCAAUCCCCGGGGGGAACAAGAGCAACGAGAUGCAGAUCGACGAGGCACCUGUACAGCAAGCGUCAGGUGCUCCUGUGGAGUCCACCGAAACCCUCAUACACUACCUGAUUGGCGAGCUCAUGAAGACGGUGAAGACGGACAUGGCUCCCGAGAACCUCUCGGCUGCUACCUCCGUUGAUACUGGGAAACUCACUUCGACUCAUACACCUGCUUCCAGCGAGAACCGGACAGAUGCCGCUCAGCCUUCCUCUACAGAACUCAGAUCUCCUCAGGACCCAGUCGACUACACCUAUCCAUGCUUCAUCAUGCAAGUGCUGACCGAGUUACUCUUCUCCUACGAGAGCUGUAAGAUUGCAUUUCUCUCUUACACGCCCAAGAAGCGCAACCAAACUCCUGCGAAGGAGGGAGGCCUCAAGCACCGCACUGCCGCCAUCCAGUUCCUUCUCUCUGACCUCAUGACAUUCGGUACUAUCAACCCUCAACCACCCUCCGAGGCACGCAAGCAGAUCACGCUCUGCAACUGGGCUAUGUCGGUGAUUGUCGCUCUCUGUGUCGACACCGUCACGAAUCAAGACCUCAAGGACGUUCCGACGGACCUCGUCUCCGUCCGCAAGUUUGUUCUCGAGGCUAUCAGCCGCGCUCUGAAGGAUCUUCCGUCUUCCGAUAGCCCCGAGCUCCGCUACAGCCGGCUGCUCGCCCUCUCAGAUCUAUGUCAUCGCUUGCUAACAGUGAGGUUCAACGUGAAUGGCAAGAAGGCAGGCGACGAGGUUCCAACCCAUAUCGCUAAGGUCAUGCUUGAGAAGAACUUCGUGGCGACCCUCACCAACGUCCUUUCAGAGGUAGAUCUCAACUACCCGAACAUCCGUAAUGUCGUCUCGUCUGUCUUGCGUCCGCUGGAAUAUCUCACGAAGAUAGCAAUGAAAAUGAGCCGUAUCUCGGAUAAGAACAAGGAAGUUCUCGAGGAGAAACAGGCGAUGUCUGAAUCCGACAUUUCCGAGGAAGACGAGGACGAAGACGAUGAGACUGAGAGCCCGGAGACCGAGGAGGCCAGCCAACUCUACCGCAAUUCGUCCCUGGGAUUAUUCGGUGGCGAAAUGGAGGACGUCCAUUAUGGCGACGAAGACGACAUGGAUGAGGAAGACGAUGAGGAUGAAGACGGCGAUGUUGAGAUGGACUUUGGUGACGAAACUGGAAGUGAAGAUACCUCUGCUACUGAUGAAGAGGAUGUCGAGGAAGACCUCGAAGACGAGACCGGUGAGUCGGAAGAGGGAUGGCAGGAAGAGGACGAGGAAGACGAAGAAGGCCUGGUUGAGAACGAGGGCCAAGCUGCCGAAGAAGACGCGGAUGAAGACGACGAAGACGAAGGCGAAGAAGUCAUGUGGCAGGACAUUGCAGUUGGCGACGGUGGCGCGGAUGAAGGUGCUGAUGAGGGCGAGGAAGAGGAAGACGUUGGAGAUAUGCCUAUGGCACCUAUGGACAUGGAUGACGAGGGCGACGUGAUUUCCGAGGGCGAAGAGUUCGCAGAUGAGCUCGGCCUUGUCGAUGAAGCACGUCUUGGUCACGGUCCGAAUCUGUUCGACUUGGCUGCGGGUUUCGCGAACGUGUUGGGUGGUUCGUUGGCUGCUGGCAUUCACGGUGCUCCCGACGGCGAGCCUGUUGUUUGGACUGGCGCAGUUCGUUCUACCCGUCGUCGUGGAGCUGGGGAUGACGACCUGGAUAUAUUCGGAAGGUCCCGCAACCCGCCAGCACCCUCUGCAGAGAAUGUCACCCAUCCGCUGCUCCUGGAUCCUGCGACUGCAGCUGCGCGCGCCUCGCAAGCAAGGUCUUCCCGCCGUGGCCACCGUGGCCUGCUCGCAGGCAGCGGAGUCGACAUUGACCAGGCCCUGGGCGAGGGCGCAACGCAAUUCCUGCAGCAAAUGCUCACACAUGGUCGUGCCGGUGGCCACGAAGCGCUGCAUAUCAACCUCCCCGCUGGUCUUCUCGCCAACUUCCCUCGCAACGGUCGCGGUGGUGCGAUAUCUGCGUCUAUACGUCUCGAGCGGGCACCCCGUCCAACCGACGGACGCACCGAGGGACGGUCUUUGGAGCCCCUUCUCACUAUUCAACGAUGGUCGGAGGAAGUGAAGAUGCUCCACGGAAAGUUCGAGCAGGCGAGGUUGAGCAGGCUACACAAUCAUGUCGUCCUCGCCCUUCUGCCUGCUGCCGCCGAGGCAUACAAGAAGGCCAAGGAAGCAGAGGAGCGUGAGCAGGAGCGUAUCCGCGAGGAGCAGGUUCGUGCUGCGGAGGAGGCUGCCAAGAAGGAGCAGGAGGCCAUCGAGGCCGCCGAAAGAGCAAAAGCAGAGGAAGAAGCGAGAGCUGUCGAGGCCGCCGCCCAAGCCGCUGUUGAGGCCGAGGCUGCCGCCGCUGCUCAGGAGUCCGCUGCUGCCGCCGAUACAGACGUGGAGAUGGCUGAUGACUCACCCAGUGCAGAGACUCCGGCUGCGGAGAACGGGCCACAAACCGCGGAGUCCUCCAAUCGUCCAGAGGAAGCUGCUGCACCUGCUCAAGAGAGGGUCACCGUCAUGAUCCACGGCGCCCCCGUUGAUAUCACAGAUACCGGUAUCGAUCCGACGUUCUUGGAAGCACUGCCCGACGAGAUGCGUGAGGAGGUUCUGAACCAGCACGUACGCGAUCAGCGGGCGGCUCAGCUUGAGCGGCCAGCAGAUUCUGCGAUCAGCGCCGAGUUCCUCGACGCGCUUCCUCCAGAUAUCCGUGCAGAAAUCAUCCAGCAGGAGGCCGCAGAACGUGCUCAACGUACCCGGGCUGAGCAGGCUACCCAACAGGGAGGACCGCUCGAUAUUGAUCCCGCAGACUUCAUUGCCAGCCUGGACCCACAGCUCCGCCAGGUCGUAUUGAUGGAUUCUGACGAUGUUUUCAUCCAGAGUCUGCCAUCCCAUAUGAUCGCAGAGGCGAACAUCCACCGAGAACCUGGCCGACCCCCAAGGCCUCGCCAGGUCCCUCCUCGUCAAGGCGGCGCCCAAGGCGCUCCGCAGCAAGCCUCUCAGCCCACUAAAGCUCCACAGUCUCGUGAGGCUAUUCAGCUGCUAGACAAGUCUGCAUUGGCUGCUCUGGUUCGCCUUCUCUUUUAUCCUCACAUCCUGAAGAAGAAUUUGCUCUACAAAGUGCUCGUCAAUCUGUGCGAGAACGCCAAGUCUCGCACGGAUCUGUUCAACCUCUUGCUUAGCAUCCUGCAGGACGGAUCUGGUGAUCUUGCGUCCAUCGACAAGAGCUUCGCGCAGAUGUCCGUACGUCACUCCAGACCGACCGCUCCUCAGACACCGAAGGCAAUCGGAAAACAGCGCGUUUCCACGGACUAUUUCGGUUCUCUCUCUCUGCCACAGAAUGACGUCGUCCCGGAGCUCAUUGUUCAGCGCUGUCUCGAGGCUCUCACCUAUAUCGUCAGCUCUAAUGAGCUGUCUUCUUUGUUCUUCCUCACGGAGCAUGAACUACCCAUCGGUCUCCGCCGUAGCUCCUCGAAGAAGGGUAAGGGUAAGGAGAAGCAGGCCCCGCAGACCCACUACCCCAUUGUUCUCCUUCUCGGUCUGCUUGACCGCCCAUCUAUCCUCAGGACGCCUUCUAUCGUCGAGUCGGUUGUUGGCCUACUGGCUACGGUUACGCGGCCUCUUGCUAGUUUGAAGGAUAAGGAUAGCAAGAAGUCGGAGAAUGCAGAGAGUAGUACUGCUGGAGCAUCAACAGCUUCGCCGGGAGAGCAGCCUUCGUCGGGCGCACAACCUGUGGACAACACUCAGUCUGUUAUUGUUCCCGAUACUGCGUCAUCCGACCCCGCUCCUGCACCCACACCUGCAUCUGCAGCCGUACCUGCUACUGCUCAAGGCGAAUCGCCACAGAAGCCGCCGGCAUCCGUUGAAGAAAAGGUCUUGCUCGCCAACUCUCCCCAUAUCCCCCAUCACGUGCUUCGCUUGAUCGUGAACGUCCUGACUGCGGGCGAAUGCUCAGGACGCACUUUCAUGCAGAGCCUUGCACUCAUCCAGCACCUUUCUUAUAUCCCUGACGCUAGAGAGGUUAUCGCAUCUGAGUUGCGCUCGCGAGCACAGGAGUUUGGCCAGAGUCUGUUCGCCGCCCUCGAUGAGCUCGCCGUUGCCCUGCGAGACGCAGACGUACAGCCUGACGUCCUAGCUACCACGAUUGCUGCAAUGUUCUCAUCGGCUUCUUCGGAUCAGGCCAAGCUACUCAGGGUACUCAAGACAAUCGAUUACAUGUACUCUCCGAAGACGUCCGGGAACUCUACCGAGGCCGACAUUGAGAAGGUCCAAAGCAUCUACGAGACUUUCCGGUUUUCACCAUUGUGGAAGCGUUUGGGUGACUGCCUGUCCAUUAUCGAGGAGAAACCUGAGAUGGAGCAUAUUGCUACCGUCCUGCUCCCUCUCAUCGAGUCGCUCAUGGUCGUCUGCAAAUACGUUGGUCCCAAGACUACGUCGGGUGCGACUGCUCGCGCUCUCCGUGCCUCCACCUCACCAAGAUCCCCGACCAGCGCUCGCGAGUCCAUGGAAGACCUCUUCGUCACGUUCACAGAUGCUCAUCGCAAGGUCCUAAAUCUCAUGGUCCGCAACAACCCGUCACUUAUGAGCGGAUCCUUCUCCCUGCUCGUCCAUAACCCGCGCGUCCUCGACUUCGACAACAAGCGGAAUUACUUCAAUCAGCAGCUGCACCGUCGGCCACACAGCCGGGAACAUCACAGUACACUUCAACUGAACGUCAGGCGCCAGCGCGUGUUCGAGGACAGCUUCCAAUAUCUGCAGCGCAAGACUGGCGAGCAGAUCAAGUACGGCAAGUUGAGCGUCCGGUUCUACGACGAGGAAGGUGUCGACGCUGGCGGUGUCACUCGCGAGUGGUUCCAGAUCCUCGCCCGCCAGAUGUUCGAUCCCAACUACGCGCUCUUCCAACCAUGUGCUGCCGAUAAACUGACGUACCAGCCGAAUCGUGCCUCGUGGGUCAACCCCGAGCACUUGUCGUUCUUCAAGUUCGUCGGCCGCGUCAUCGGGAAGGCCAUCUACGACGGGCGCUUGCUUGACGCCUACUUCGCGCGCAGCCUGUACAGGCAGCUAUUGGGCAAGCAGGUCGACUACAAGGACGUUGAGUGGGUCGACCCUGAGUACUACAACUCAUUGUGCUGGAUACUUGAGAAUGACCCGAGCCCGCUUGACCUCACGUUCAGCGUGGAGGCAGAUGAGUUCGGUGUCACGAAGCUCGUAGAGUUGAAGGAGGGAGGCGCCAGCAUUCCAGUUACUCAGGAAAAUAGGAAGGAGUUUGUACAGCUGUCUGCAAACUACCGCUUGUACUCGUCCAUCAAGGACCAGAUUGAGUCUCUGCUCGCUGGCUUCUACGAGAUCAUCCCGAAGGACCUAGUCUCUAUCUUCAACGAGCAGGAGCUUGAGUUGCUCAUCUCUGGUACACCUGACAUAGAUGUUGACGAGUGGAGGUCCGCGACGGAGUACAACGGCUAUACGAGCUCAGAUCCCGUGAUUGUCUGGUUCUGGCGUGCGCUCAAGUCGUUCAAUCGCGAGGAACGCGCGAAGGUGCUCAGCUUCGCGACCGGUACCUCACGGGUGCCGCUUGGUGGUUUCGUCGAGCUGCAGGGUGUCCAGGGCACCCAGCGCUUCUCAAUACACAAGGCGUAUGGCGACACAGACCGUCUUCCCCAAGCUCAUACAUGUUUCAAUCAGAUCGACCUCCCACAAUACUCAUCAUACGAGAUGCUCCGCCAACAGCUAUUGCUGGCCAUCAACGAGGGAGGAGAGGGCUUUGGUUUCGCAUAAGCAUAGAACUCUUCAUAAUCGCAGACGCAGAGAAUCACGUAGAAUCCGCAUGCAAUGUACAUAUACUACACUCACACCAUCAUCCCAUUGUUGCC